UGUAUUUUGUUUGAAAUCGGACCGUUUCUAUAAUCAUAAGCAUUCUAUUUGUUUUGUAUUCGCUAAUCGCUACUUUAGCAAAAUAAUAGAUAAGUAAAAAUGGAGGAAUUUGUACGAGGUAUGCCGAAAAUCGAACUGCAUGCACAUUUAAAUGGCUCUCUCACAACAAAUAUGUUGGAGGAACUCGCUGAAACUAAAUUUGGCCUGGGAAGCCCAGAAUGCGAAUUUUAUAAAGAGAAGAUUGCAGAUCUGCGAAAUUUUUCUUCUAAGAACCUUUCCGAGUGUUUUAAAAUAUUCAAAAUAUCACACGAAUUAAUUACCAAUUUAGAUCUUUUAAAGAAAGCCACUCUUUUAGUCAUUCAGAAAUUCCAUUUAGAUAAUACUGUGUAUUUGGAAAUUCGAACAACUCCAAAAAGAUGUAAGGAAUUUACAAAGUUGCAGUAUUUGGAAACAAUUAUUGAUUCAAUUAAAGAAAGUCAAUCAACAUAUCCUGAAAUUACAGUCAAGCUAUUACCAAGCUUUGAUCGAGCUAGAGGUAUAUUAGAUGCCGAAGAAACUUUAGAAGUAAUUUCGCAGUUAAUUGGAAAAUUUCCAAAUACAAUUGUUGGAUUAGAUAUUAGCGGGGAUCCAUCAGCUGGUUGCUUCAAAGAUUAUAAGCCUUUACUUAUUAAAGCUAAACUUUUAGGGUUAAGACUUGCAUUGCAUUGUGCUGAAAUUGAUGGUAUUGAAGAUGAGACAAGGGAAAUGAUUGAAUUUGGUAUGGAUAGAAUGGGUCAUGGCACGUUUAUCAAGGAUGAAAAUUUAGAUUUAUUGAAAAAGAAUGAUAUUUGUGUUGAAUGUUGUUUAACAAGUAAUAUUAAAUGUGGUACUGUAAAAAAUUAUGAUGAUCAUCACUUUAAUGAAAUGUUUUUCCAACACAAAAUACCAGUAGUUAUUUGUACAGAUGAUUGCGGAGUGUUUGAUACAGAUUUGUCGAAAGAAAUAUUAUACGCUGUUGAUACAUUUGGGCUUGAUAAAUUUGAUUUAUUCAAUUUAUGUAAGUUAGGAAUCAAGUAUUCGUUUACAAGUGAUGAAACUAAGGCAAUAAUAACCAACAGAGUUUCUGCGUAUUUUCAAAAUUGUAAAUUUUGAUUGUGUACCCACAUUUUUUCGAAUAAAAUUAACUAUUUUAGGUAUGUUUUUAA